AUACGCACAUUAAAAUUCGGUUCAAGACAAGUCCGAGUCUGAUGUUAGAAGAUGUAACAAAAGAAAAUAAACAAAAUGACAAUAAUACAUAAAUAACAACAGACUACUAGCAGUUAACUGAUAUGCCAGCUCCGGAACCUCAAUUUAACUGAUUGAAAAAUUAUGUCUUCAUCAUAUGAAUAUCAGACAUAAUCCUUCCCGUUAGGGGUUUCGUAUUAUACUAUCUAAAAAUAUAUGAGAAGAACAUAACCCGUGUCAUGCCAACAAAUGUUUUAUGAAUUUUGAACAUAUUUUGUAUUAUAUGGUUCAAUGAAUCCAGAUGCUAUAUGAGGAUUCUUUGAUAUUUACUCGCCACUGGCUAUUGGACAAACUACUUAUCUUAAUAGUUAUUUAUUUCUGUUCUAUCUACUUAAACAGUUCACCUUUUGACUAUAUAUACUGUAUAUUUUUAUUUUAUUGUCAAUGCAGAAUAAGUAACACCAGAAACAACACUAAAAGCCGUAGCAAGCAUUAUAAGAUCUGUCGUUGCUUUCUAUGUUAUAUUUAAUAAAGUAUAUGAUCAUUCUACAUUCCAUCCAUAGAAGCCUUAUUCCACCUGGUCAUACAGGUAAUACGAUAAUUCUAAAAUAAAAGUCGAUAGAUGUAGCUGAAUAAGGUAAUUGAUCUUAAUUGUUUGAUAACCAUAUUAUUUAUUCAGAUUGUGAUGCAUCAAAUAUGGGACAAUAGACAAACACAAAUUACAAUAAUAAGCGUUUCCGUUAAUUUUGAAAUAUAUGGAUUUACUAAUGUGAGUACGUCAAAACUAUAACCGGUUGAUGUAGUCUAUUUGAGAUAGUAAUGGAAUCGUAAAUAGUAUUUCCGGACAAUGAAUAAAAGAUCAUUCUAUAUUAUACCAUCAGUUUUGUUUGUUUUGUCCGUUUGAAACGAAAAGUUGAAAUAUUGCGCAUGUUAUAGAACAAUUUAUAGGAUACAUAAAUAUUAUACUUUAAAUGUGAUUUAACAUAAUCAAAAUUUGUUUAAUUUCUAUCAUUUUAAAAUGUUUGAUGAUUUUCACAAGUACAGUUAACAAUGUCAGUAACAGUGGAACAAAAUGAUAAUGUCUUAUCUUUAUGGAAGGAUUUCAGUCAGAGCACAGGGUUCCAUGGGAUAAAUAAAUUGUCACAUUCAACAAAUAAACUUAGAUUAAUAAUUUGGUCUAUUAUCUUGGUAGCUUGCACAACUUUUUUAGCCAUGUUUGUAACAACACAAAUAAUUGACUACUACAAUUAUCCAGUAAAUACAAAUAUGUACACAGAAAAACAUACAGAGAUGCAAUUUCCAGCAAUCACAAUUUGUAACUUGAAUUCUUUGAAACGUAACUCAAUUUUGAACGAUACGAGGAUAGAAAAUCAUUACCUUAAACUAAGCUUACUUGAUUGGUAUGCCACACCCAGUAAUUGGUCUGAUCCGUUUUUCAAAGAACAAAAUUUCUUUGAAAAUAGAACAUUAAACACUGUCCUCAAAGACCACAAAAGCCGCUCUCAAAUAUGGGAGUUUCAAGGACGUAAUUUGGAUGCAAAAGAGUAUGUGUCAUUUUUGAUACUGAGGAGUGGUCCAUGUCUUACAUUCGAUCCAAAUGACCAAAUAACAACCGACAUCACAGGUUCAAAUUUUAACUUGAAUGCAUGGAUUGAUAUUGAUGCAGAGAACGAUUACUUUGGAGAAUCGUAUGGUACAGGAAUAAAGGUAAACGUUAAGAUAUGUUAA